UCCAGUGACCUGCAGGGCCUCCCAGCGCCUCCCAGUGACAGCCCGGGGACAGCCCAAGCUGCCCCCCCGCUGCCCCCCCCCCCCCGGCCCCCCCGGAGCCGGCUGCGGGGUGCGGGGAGCCGGGUCCCCUGGGGGGGCGGGCGGCAGCUCGGUGGGGACGGUUACCUGGAGCAGCAGCAUGGCCACCAGCUUGAAGCCGCGCCGCUCGAAGCGCUGGAUGACGUUCCCCACCAGCCGCCGCUGCACCGCGUCCGGCUUCACCAGCACCAGCGUCUUCUCCUGCAGCUCUGGGGGGGCUGCGCGGGGACGGAGGGGCCAGCGUCACCGCCGGGCAUGGGACACAGGUCACCACCAGCCGUGGGACACGGGUUGCGGCAGCAGGACCCCAAGCUGCUCCUGGGGCACCACGGGUUGUUGCUCGGUCCCAGUGGGCAGCCCCCAGGCACAUCCUAG